AUGGCAGCUCGAGCCACCAAGAUUUGCGGAAUGCCCUUUUCAUCUCCAUCCCCCUCCGGAGAGGGUGACUCGUCUGCAGGCUCUCCAGAUACCAGACUAACAGCGCCAUCACCCGGUGAGCCAAUCGAACGAAAUGUGGGAUCCCUCAGGCAUCAGGGAAGCAUUCUUGAUGAACCCCAAAACGAAAAACAAGUCGUUCAUUUCAGCCAGGGUGAGCGACGAGCGCGAGAGAAGGACCCGUUCGUCACGCCAGGUCGGGCGUCAAAGAGCGGGCUCUCGCCAACUGCCUCUGCCUUCAACCCAUUCCAUAUUGCCACAGAUUUUUUCGAAGAGAUGCGUGUGCCAGUUAACAUGCUCAGUCACACCAUGGGAUUGUCCAGAUGGCUGAAAAUCAUCGCCGAGCAAGCCAUUACUCCACAGCAGGUCAACCUCUGGCUUCAAGAUCUGGAGAAAGUGUCCAGAGUUUCCCAUGGAGAAAAGAGAAUUCUCGAAAGAAAAGGCAUAGUUGGAGUCUUUUUCGAGGACAUCAGAGACGCAUGGAAUUUUCAAAGCCAGACAAGCUCCUCCACGCUGGGUUGGCAAGUAGUCCAUGAUUCCUCGGCCGAACUAUACCCCUUACCUCGAGAUAGUGGCCAGUUGGUGGUGUUGGCUACUGUGCCAGCAGGGUCAGCUGCCAGCGCCGAAGAAGUGGCAGCAGAAGUCAUGACGAAUCUUCGGGUCCACGGAGAAAUAUUUGCGUUUCAAAAGAAAAUGACAUAUCGAGAUGGAUCUUUCAGGGGCAUUGUGGAAUAUUGUGACGUUUUGGCUGCCAAAAUGGCACUCGCCCAAGCCCCGACGUCAGAAGGACAGAGCGGAGUUAGGAUUGUUCUUGCCACCUAUAUGGAAGAAGACUCAAACUCUUCCGGAAACGGGUUGAGAAUCUAUGACACUCCUCGCGCCUCCAAUCCGGGCGCUAGCUGGGAAUACGGACUUGCCGACUCGAAGCAGAACUUGAUACCCCAAGCCAAUCUCUGCCUAAAUACCCCUCUUGCAAUGUACCCGGUAAUUGCACAGCCCAAUUAUACGCCAAAUUUCCCGUACUUGGUGAACUCGUUCAUUGCUAGCGGGCCAGGUGCUGAAGUGGCGACCCUGUCAACCCCCAUCUCGCCGACUUACCAGAGAGUGUCAGCUGCUUAUCGAAAGCCUCCCUCUCCAGCUCUCACCAUCCAUAAUGGAUUUAGUCCAUCGAGAUCCAAUUCAGACCUCGGUAAAUUGGAUCGGCGGCAGCAUGCUGCGCGAGUAAACAGGAACGCUUUCCAAAGCCCGAGCAGUCACCACAACCAUGUGGAUGUUCAUCGCAUUCGAGAAGGAAUUGAUGUCAGAACAACGAUUAUGUUAAGGAAUAUACCCAAUAAAGUAGACCAAGCCAUGCUCAAGCGAAUUGUCGACGAAUCCAGCUGGGGCAAAUACGACUUCAUGUAUCUCCGCAUAGAUUUCGCCAACGACUGCAAUGUUGGAUAUGCGUUUAUUAACUUUGUUGAUCCUCUAGAUAUUAUCGAUUUUGUUGAGGCGCGUGGUAAUCAACGAUGGAAUUGCUUCAAAAGCGACAAGGUGGCCGAGGUUUCGUACGCCACUAUACAGGGGAAGGAUUGCCUGGUGCAGAAGUUUCGAAACAGCUCCGUGAUGUUGGAGGCUGCGCACUAUCGACCCAAACUCUACUUUACCUCAAAUGGCCCGAUGCCAGAAAUGGCAGGUCAAGAAGAACAGUUCCCAGAACCAGAUAACCAGUCGAAAAUGAAGCGCAGCUGCGAAAACGCAGAGCAUGUCGGACUCUUCACCCCGAACGCUGGACAGCAUUUUCGUGAUGAGCAGCGACGCAGACGUUCGCAGUACGAUCGAGGUACCCGCCUGGCCGCUCUUGAAGAAUACGACCUGGAGGCCAUUCAGCAUCUUUACAUCGGUAAUGAGAGAGGGGAAUAA